AUGUCGCUCAUCGCUCGCAACGCCCUCCGUCAGUCGGCCCUCCGCAGUCGCGUGUUGACCCAGUCUCGGGCCUUUCACGGCCCUUACACUCCUGAGCACGCAGUGCCGUUCUCGUUCAAGAGCAAGUCCGCGUUUGCUACGAAGACCGCGUCAUACCUCAUCGUGGGGUUCUCCAUCCCAUUCAUCGCGGCGGUAUAUCAGCUGCGCAAGUCGGCCGGCGCUGCCGCAUAG